GCUGUGUGCUCAAAGAUGCUGCAUCUGAAAGUCCAGUUCUUGGAUGACUCCCAGAAGAUCUUUGUAGUGGAUCAAAAGUCCUCUGGCAAAGGGUUGUUCAACCUGAGUUGCAGCCACCUACGCCUGGCAGAGAAGGAAUACUUCGGACUGGAAUUCCAAAGCCAGGCCGGAAACAAUGUUUGGCUGGAGCUUCUAAAACCCAUAACAAAACAGAUGAAAAAUCCUAAGGAGGUUCUUUUCAAAUUUAUGGUGAAAUUUUUCCCAGUGGACCCUGGACAUCUGAGAGAAGAGUUGACAAGGUAUCUCUUUACCCUUCAAAUCAAGAGGGACCUGGCAGUCGGGAGGCUCCCCUGCAGUGAGAACAGCACCGCGUUGCUGGUGUCGCACCUCUUGCAGUCUGAGCUGGGGGACUUUCAUGAAGAAACAGAUAAGAAGCACCUGGAGAGCCACCAGUAUUUACCCAACCAGGAAUAUUUAGAUGAUAAGAUCAUGCAUUAUCACCAGAAGCACGUUGGGAAGACGCCGGCUGAGUCGGACGUUCACCUGUUGGACAUAGCCAGGAAGUUAGAAAUGUAUGGGAUUAGACCCCACCCCGCAAGCGAUGGGGAAGGGACGCAGAUCAAUCUGGCUGUCACGCACAUGGGAGUGCUGGUUUUACGGGGGAACACAAAGAUCAACACAUUCAACUGGGCCAAAAUUCGGAAACUGAGUUUUAAGCGGAAACAUUUUCUAAUCAAACUACAUGCAAAUAUCUCUGCUCUGUGCAAGGACACCUUAGAGUUUACCAUGGCAAGCAGAGAUGCGUGCAAAGCAUUUUGGAAGACGUGCGUGGAGUACCAUGCUUUUUUUAGACUCUCCGAAGAGCCAAAAUCCAAGCCCAAAGCCCUCCUGUGCAGCAAAGGUUCGAGUUUCCGCUAUAGCGGCAGAACCCAACGGCAGCUGCUGGAGCACGGGCGCAAGGGGAAGGGGAAGAGCGCGCCGUUUGAGAGGAAACACUACCCGGCUCAGUACCACGAAAGGCAGUGCCGCUCGUCCCCAGACCUCCUCACAGACGUGUCCAAACAGGUUGAAGACCUGCGCCUGGCAUAUGGCAGCAGAGCCUGUUACCGGAACACAAACGGGGUCCAUGCGUCGGAUCCCAUGCUGGACAGCAGGAGGCGGAAUUCCUCCGUGGAGGUGACGUUCGCAGCGGAGCUGGAGCGCUCCAAGCCUGAAGCUGACCCCAGGCUCCUGCCCCAUUCCAAAAGCAGCUCAGCCUUCCCGUUGGCCUACGCCGAGCUGGAGCUGGAGUGGGAGCCGGCCGACGGCUUCGGGCAGCGCCGCCCGCUGACUUCCUUCCAGCCCAGCCACAAGCUUGCUGGCAACAGUAAAAGCACCUCGGUUGGCAACAUGAGGGAGGUCGCCUCCAGGCAGCUGAGCUACACAGAUGUGCCCUACGUCCCUUCCGCCAGCCAGCCGCUGGAGACGUCGUCUCCGCAAGUGUUCUUUUACGUGGACAGGCCUCCCCCGGUACCACGCCACACGCCACACGCCGCCGAGGAAGCAGGGAGAGGGCUGAGUGGCCCUGGCCCCAUGUCAAGGAAACCUUCCAAGAGGUGGCCGGGCCCGGCCCGGAUGAAGGAGCUGCAGCCCGAGGCCUUGCCCAGGACUUACUGCGUUAGCAGGCACCUGCAAGAGGAGAGCAGAGCCCUGGCUGGGGCUUUUGACUACAGCAUUCAAGAGCAACUGCCCAAAAGAUCCUGGAGCCAGUCCGAUAUGAAAACCAUCCAUUUCCCAUAUGGGUCGGAGUUCAGGCCGCUGGGCCCUUGCCCUGCUCUGAGCAGUAGAAAAGCAAGUAUCUUACGGUCCAUGCUCGCCCAGCAAGGGCUUUCCAACCCCACCGCAGCUCCGCGUCCGGCCGAACGCGGCGUGGGCAGCGGGACCGAGUCCAGCGACUCCGACCCGGAUCUCCUGAACGCCGAUUACUACUCUCUGUAUGGCCGGGUAGGAAAGUCGCCCCUGGCCCGGGUGCGUCUGUCCUCGGGCAGCCUCCAGCUGGAGGAGGAGGAUGAAGAGGUGUCCUUUGCGACAAGCAGCGCAGAAGCAAGGACUUCAAUGGGCAUGUCCAAUUAUUUCACGUAA